AUGUUCUCCACGAAUGCCGCAUCUCAGUAUCCUACAAUUCAGAGAAACUCUCGCCGGCGACAGCGCCCUUCAGAUGAUGUUGCGACGCCUCCCAAAGCAAAAAAACAGCGACCUUUACUACAGGAGCGUGCGCUCGAAGCCGAUAUUAUCAAUCGCCCUAUAGAUACACCCUCCGACUCAGAAGGCGAGGACGAAUCGACCUCUUCGGGCGCCAUAGAUCUAAAAGAGAUUCCUUUUCGAGGAUCGAAAAAAGUUGAUAGUGUUGAUCGCCUGGAUAUUUCGAGUAUUUUAGCAAACAAUGACUACUAUUCCGUUACUCUUCUACCUUCUCUCCCAACCAAGGUCAGAGAUAAUUUACAAGUGCCGUUCCGAUGUAAUAUCUUUCCAAACACUGGCCACUACCUCUUUUUGACGCGCAAGCACGCCAUCGUAUGCCCCAUACCAUAUGCAUCAGUCGGCACCGAAGAGGUGGCUAUCCUCUCGCUGCCAGAAACAUUAGCUUCUUCCAAUGAUCCGCUUCCUCUUGGCACUUUAAUCUCCGCCUCUACCCAUUCAGAGCCUGGCUUGAUUAUCGUCCUCCCUUGUGCUGGAACCAUCGUUUUUUGGGAAACGGUUUCGAACCCGACGAUAUUGGGAUUGAUCAAACAAAAGGAAAGCGGGAUUCAAGACUCAAUUCCCCAUUUAUUAUCGGGUGAAUGUGUAACGGACAUUGUUAAUAUUGAACCAGCUGGUGUUGUUCUCAUCCUAUCUACUGGUCGACUUUGCCAUGUUUCUACUCGUGAUUUACAAGGAAAACCCACCAUCAGCUUUCAAUUUCCGAAUGCUUCCUUACGGUCAGCCGCAAGUGGCUUCUUUGAAGGGUUAAAGAACGUUUUUUCAACUGCUUCUUGGCGGAGAAAAGUGGUGGCUGCGAAAGCUGGCAAAUCUCAUCGUCGAGGCCAGCGUGCCCUCUUGGUUGCUACAAAUUCUGGGUUAAUUGAAGCCUGGGAUACUCAUUGGAUGACCGGUGCCGCUCUCAAAUCGCACGCAGCCGUCGCAAAAGAGAUAGUUGAAGCGGUACAGCAGCGAAAUCUGUUCGAUGACGAGAUCGAUUCUUAUGAGAUCGUUGACUUCGCGUUUCGUGAAUAUUCAGAAGGUGACUCUGAAAUUCCCGACGACGUGGACAGCACAUACUCCCUUUGGGUACUAGCAUCUCUGACUCGCCAGGCGCUGACAUCUUAUUUUGUGGUUGAAGCGAGCCUUCAUGGCUCCAACACGUCAGUUGACCAAGUUUACCCUGUUCAUCAUGAACACGUCUCAAAUGACUCUGAUAUUACUUGGAAGCCCCGAUUAUAUGUUCCUCAGCCUGGAGAUACUGGAUUUAUUGUAUUCCCCGGUGGUGUCACUAUAUUGUCCUUGGUGUCAGUGGAAGGGUCCCCAUCUUCGCAACUACUCCAACCAAAUACUAGUAAACCAACCCCGUUUCAAGAUUAUGUCAAAUUCAGAGACAAUUCUGGCUACGUUAUUGCUGGUAGCGGAGCCGAGUCCGAUAGCAAACAUCCGUCUUGUGUAUUGAUGGUUCAGAAUUGUGGUCUGAUUCGUAUUUCCGCCCGCCCCCAGUCAGUACCUCAUGAAGAUAUCGACGGAACCCAAGUAUCAACCAGAUCUCGACUUGAACAGCUAGUUUUCUAUGAAACAGCGGCCAACCCGGUGGACCUCACGUGCUAUGAGGAACUUCAGUCGCCAGUGUCAACUCUCGAAGAUGCCGCUCUGCAGAUUAGCCAGAGUAUACUCCACUCAGAUUCGAAAUUCGUUCCAACGGUGGUACCAAGCCUUGAGGACCAAAUGAAACUUCGUUCAACCGCACUGCAUGCCUUAGCUUUCUUUCUUAAUAAGCGGGACUUGCCGCUUUCUCAUACUGCAAAAUGGACUUUGUUAUCACACGCGGAAAAAAUGGCCGCCCAUAAGGCGGUAUGGAAAGCCCAAGAGACUAUAUCCAAGUCUUCGCCGAAUGGUAAAUCACGCUUGGAAUAUAUUUUAGGGCAGAUGGGAGAAGGGUUUAAAACUGUGUUGGAUUGUGAUGCUAAGGAAAAGGACCCCGUCAGACAUUGGUUUAUCCGCGACACAUGGCGAAUGGAGCUACUUAUACCCUGGGUUCUACAUGGCAUCCGAGAUACAUCCGGCGAAUCCAUCCGAGUAGAUAAAACACUUGCUUGGCAAGUUUGGCAAGCAAGCGAGCUGUCCCUAGCCGUUUUACAGACAGUAUACCAGUUUCGAGAAGAAAAUCAACAAUUAUAUGGACUGGAAGGCUCCAGCCCCUAUGGAGAUGGACCCGUUACACCUGAUUACAGCGAGAUCUCAGCAUUAUGGACGGCAGAAAAGGUUAAUUUUUCAGAAAGUGAACGACUACUUGACGCCGAGCUAAAUACCUGUCUGCAGUGGGUGAGGCAAUUUGCACCUACAGGUAGAAAUUCUGAUUCUCAUACGACUUCAAUAAUAGAGAGAAUUAAGCAGAACACUCCCAAAGCUUUCAAAGUUCUAUCACACCUGUACAUGGAUCGCUAUCGUCGCCUACUUUCUGAAACAUCAACCGAUGGCCAAGAUGCCGCCAAAGAUUUUCAGGAAUCAUAUAUCGUGCGUCGCAAGACUCAUCUUUAUAAAAUGGCGGCAACGGGGCUCCUAGAAGAAUCAAUGCAAUUAGCCGAAGAGUUCCAGGAUAUGGAUGCGUUAGUUGAACUCAUGAUUGAAAAGGAGGAUCAAGUCCGGGAGCGCCAUCCAGCGGAAACUGGUGACGCAGAGUAUGAUGCAGAGAUGGAAAUUUGCCAGGCCAAAAUCGACGGAUAUUUUCAGAAAUUUGGUGAAGCAUGGGCCACGCCAUUCUAUACCCGGCAGAUUCUCGCUGGUCAUCCGCAGAUGUUGUUGGGGACACCAUAUCAGGAGCACGUUACUCGCUUUUUACGAAAACGACCAGGUUACGCUAAAUUAGGCUGGAUGAAUGAAAUUCUGGGAGAAAAUGAUUAUGACAGGGCUUCAAAAUCUCUGGGGGAGUUUGCUAUAAACCAUGAAACGGAUCUGUGGAGUAAACAAGUGGAGCUUGCGAUAGGAAAACUUUCCAGACUUUCUACGCUCGAGACAUCGGAGCCUCUAGAUCUAACGACGCUACAGGCAGACGUCAAGCGGUUUGAUGACAUUUCAGAGCUUGCCCGGAUUCAAGAAAUGAUCUACGAGCACAUAUCCCCUGCAAUCCAUGGUGCAAUUGACAGGAGCGCGGAAUUGCAGCUGGCGAACGAGCAAUUUGGGAGAAUAAUUGUGAGCUCAAAGCCAGCUCUUCGCGAAGCUCUCGCACGUGGUUUAGCAAAGAUCAUCGCCCAGUUUCCGCUUGAUGCUGAUGAGCUAAUUGAUGUUUUGACUUUGAUGGACCCUGUCCAAGCAACAACGGAUGACGAAGACAAUGAGAUAGUUGGGCAUGAAUUUAGUCUGGCCCUCAGAGUCUUGAGCCUGAGCGAUAUAGGCCGUGAAGAUAACGAGUACUAUGAAAUUCUUGAAAAGAUUAUUUGGCGUCGCUGCAUGAUUCGUGACGAUUGGAAUACUAUUUGCAAGACAAUGCAGAGAGGGGAUAGCGAAGUAGAGGCUGCGAUGCAAUCAAGCGCUUUAUUCAGAACGUUGGAGGACACAUUAGAAGGCUCUGAAGCUGCGUCGAACUCUACUUACCGACUAUACCCCCCCUCCGAUGUUACGGACCCGGGCAUCUUCCCGCGUAAGCUUGCUUCGCGGCUUCUCCCAGAGCAGCAGGCUCACUUGCUGGACGAUCUCAAGGCAGAAACCGAUUUGCUGGACAGCUACAUUGAAGAGGGCAAACUAGAGGACUGGUUUUCGUGGUUUGUCAAGUCACUCCGGGGCAAAGCGGAGCCCUCUGCUCCACAAAGCCCCAGUUCUAGUUCGUGA